GCAGGCAGCUCGAUCGCGGGGCCCCUGGCCCAUGGAGUUGCCCAAGACGCCGAGUGACUCCUCCCCGGGGACCCUCCCCCUCUGGGGCACGUCAUUCUUCCCACCCCUGGGUCCCGACCCCGGCGGCUUCUCGCACGCCGGCCACGCCGGGGACAAGUCUCGGCCACCUGCUCCGGAGCCGGGGAGCGGGGGCGCCGUCCUCCCGCGCGUCGGUCCCUGCGCCCAGGGCCCCAUGGAGCUGCCGGCCAGCAACGCCAGCUGCGAGAACGGUUCCCUGAUCAGCCUAUACUGCUCUUCUCAACAAGUCCUAUGCCGGAUUGUCGGUGACCUCAGCCCUGAGAUGCCCAGGAAUGUCACCUCUAGCAGCUGGCGGGAGAGGCUCAGGCAGAACUACAGCUUCUAUGUCGGCCUGGGUCUGGCCUUGCUGUCCAGCUUUCUCAUUGGCAGCAGCGUCAUCCUCAAGAAGAAGGGCCUCCUGCGACUCGUGGCCUCGGGGGCCACACGGGCUGUGGACGGAGGCUAUGGCUACCUGAAGGAUGCAAUGUGGUGGGCUGGAUUUCUCACCAUGGCUGCUGGAGAAGUUGCCAACUUCGGGGCCUACGCAUUUGCUCCUGCUACAGUCGUCACUCCUCUGGGAGCGCUGAGUGUCCUCAUAAGUGCCAUCCUUUCCUCAUAUUUCCUGGGAGAGAGUCUGAAUCUGCUGGGGAAGCUGGGCUGUGUGAUCUGCGUGGCUGGCAGCACAGUGAUGGUGAUACAUGCCCCUGAGGAAGAGAAGGUCACCACUGUCAUUGAGAUGGCUGCCAAGAUGAAAGACACAGGGUACAUCGUGUUUGCUGUGCUUCUGCUGGUGUUCUGCCUCAUCCUCAUCUUCGUCAUCGCCCCACGUUACGGGCAAAGGAAUAUCCUGGUUUACAUCAUCAUCUGCUCUGUGAUCGGGGCCUUCUCUGUGUCUGCCGUCAAGGGUCUGGGCAUCACCAUUAAGAACUUCUUCCAGGGGUUGCCAGUUGUGCGGCACCCCCUCCCCUACAUCCUGUCCCUCAUCCUGGCACUUUCACUCAGCACUCAGGUCAACUUCCUCAACAGGGCGCUGGACAUUUUUAAUACCUCUCUGGUGUUCCCCAUCUACUACGUGUUCUUCACCACGACCGUGGUUACCUCCUCCAUUAUCCUCUUUAAGGAGUGGUACAGCAUGUCUGCCGUGGACAUUGUGGGUACCCUCUCUGGCUUUAUCACCAUCAUCCUGGGUGUGUUCAUGCUUCAUGCUUUCAAAGACCUGGACAUCAGCGAGACCAGCUUGCCCCAUAUGCACAAAAACCCAACCCCACCUCCCGCCCCAGAGCCCACUGUCAUUAGACUAGAAGACAAGAAUGUCCUUGUGGACAAUAUAGAGCUCGCCAGUACCCCAUCACCAGCAGAGAAGCCCAAAGUAUUUAUAAUCCAUUCCUAAAGCUUGGAAUACAUGAGUGAGAGGAUGAGCCCUAUGGUACAGCCUGACUUCUCAGUUUCAGAGCCACCUGGUUAUUUUCAGCACAACUGUUACCAAUGGGCUCUCUUUUCUGAGAUGUUCAUUUAUACCUCAUCACGGUUUCCAGGAGAAAAAUCUCUACCCAGUGAGGGGUGGCGGCAGAACUUCCUGGAAACACAGCCUCAGUAACCAAAUACCCUACUUUAUUUGGUGCCAGCAGGUCCCCUGGACCUCCCUUCUCACUUGUUUCCUCGGUGCUGUCUCUACGUUGUUGGAAAGAAGAUAGCAUUUGACCCGUUGAAUGUAGCCAGGCCAAGAACUUUCCUGAGAUGCUGGUCAUCAGGAAAUCCUUAGCACUAGUUCUCCUGAGACUGAAUCGCCAUUCCUUAGCCCAGGGAUGAAGUGCAGCUGGCUCCCAGAGGCCCAGAGAGCAAUUCGCCAUGCCUCCUCAUCCAGAGCUGACAGAGACACAACUACUGCAAAAUGUCUUCCUGCUUUUACCACUUCUUCUUUGGAGACAAAAGCAAGACCUCAGCUGACCUUCUUACUGUGAAAGCCACCUGCUGUCUGAGAAGCAUUUCCGCUGGCCCCAUUCCCUGAGCACUGCACCCUGGAGGUCAGCAUCUUUGUUUCCAUCAGCUCCACUCCCUCCCCAUCCCUUACCUCUCUAUAUACAUCCUAAGGAGCAGUCACUGAGACAUUCAGGCAGUUGUCUUAGAACU